UGCUACCACGCCGCUGGUGUUUGUUCCAUAAAAUUUCUUUUUUGGUUUGUCGUUCAAGAUGUCGGGUUCCGUAACCAUUCGCACCAGAAAGUUUAUGACAAAUCGCUUGCUUCAGAGGAAGCAAAUGCUUGUGGAUGUCUUGCAUCCAGGAAAAGCAACUGUGAGCAAAACUGCGAUCCGUGAGCAGCUCGCGAAGAUGUACAAGACCACUCCGGAUGUUGUCAUCGCUUUUGGGUUCAAGACUCAAUUCGGAGGCGGAAAGACAACCGGCUUCUCUCUUAUUUAUGACAACCUGGAUUACUGCAAGAAGCACGAGCCACUUCAUCGACUUGUUCGUCACAAGCUUGCAGAAGCUAAGAAGAAGCCCUCACGUAAGCAGAGGAAAGAAAGGAAGAACCGACAAAAGAAGGUGCGAGGCACUGCGAAGGCAAAGGUUGGAAGUGGAAAGAAGAAGUAAAGUUUUACUGCUUCUGUAUAUUGGGAUGGUUUGCUUGUAGAUGUAAAUACAAUCAGGUCAUUCUAUAAA